AAUCAUGGGAAAUGCAGGUAGGUAUUUGGGUGUUAUUUUGAUCGCACCUUUUCUUCUGAAUAGGCUGGGGAGUUCUAUUUUUAAAAUCUCACUCAGUGUUUUGUUUCAGUACAUUUUCUUUUAUUGGAGAUUCCCCAUAUUUUCUUCUGGAUCAUGACCUGAAAAUAUUAUUAUUAAAUCUACGUUCAAUGUGGAUUUGGAGAAGCUGGGUUUACAAUAGACUGAUAAGGCCACGUAGGUCUGGAGUCUUGCCUGAUGAGCUCUGGUCUGCAAGAUACUCUUCUGGACAUUUGAAAUCCAUUAGACAAUAGAGGAUCACAGUUUCAGAGUGUCUGGAUGGAAGCCUUAUCGUCAUCCAGGAUAAGCCCACAUGGAUCUCUGGUUGGUUUGGGUAUCACUAGAGAUGGCCUAGGAUGGAGCAUUAAAGAAUACCCACUAAAGAAAGAAGUGAGAAGAGAUAGUGUUUCUGCUGUGAAGUUAAAUAGCAGGACCGUGAUUUCAGCAGUGCAUAGGAUCCAUGGGUCCAAGCUCAUAGAAGGUGUAGAUGAGGAGAUGAACAAACUUGCUCAGGAGAAUAUGGAUUAUGCUCCGGCAAGGAGACUAGUUCGUGACGCAUUCACCCCAGCUCAGCAGAAUCUGGAUCAUUGUCUGUUCAAGAUGACACCAUCGGGAGUAAAGACUAAUGAGAGUUAUGAAACAAACUCACGAGGGCUGGAGAUAUUCUCCAAAAGUUGGCUUCCAGAAUCCAUUCCUGUGAAGGGCAUUGUUUGCUUUUGCCAUGGAUACGGAGACACCUGUACAUUUUUCUUUGAGGGAAUUGCUAAGAAAAUUGCUGCUUCUGGAUAUGGUGUAUUCUCGAUGGAUUAUCCAGGAUUUGGCCUUUCAGAAGGUUUGCAUGGUUAUAUUCCGAACUUUGAUGAACUUGUUGAUGAUGUUAUCGAACACUUCUCCAAAGUUAAAGCACAAUCAGAUUUCAAGGAUGUCCCUUGCUUUCUUUUUGGACAAUCCAUGGGAGGUGCAGUAGCCUUGAAGGUGCACUUGAAGCAACCUCGUGAGUGGGAUGGGACAAUUCUUGUUGCUCCUAUGUGCAAGAUUGCAGAGGAUGUUACUCCACCUAAACCGGUAUUACAGGUUUUAGGAUUGUUAUCCCGGAUUCUCCCAAAACAAAAACUGUUUCCUCAGAAAGAUAUAUCGGAGCUGGCAUUUAGGGAACUCAAGAAACGAAACAUGGCAGUAUAUAAUGUAAUUGCCUAUAAGGAUCAGAUGCGCCUUAUGACUGCUAUGGAGCUCCUAAAAACUACAGCAGAAAUAGAAACUCAAUUGGAGAAGGUAUCAUCUCCAUUACUGAUAUUGCACGGAGAUGCUGAUCAAGUUACAGAUCCUUCUGUUAGCAAAAGUUUGUAUGAGAAGUCGAACAGUUUGGACAAAACUUUGAAGCUUUAUCGAGAAGGAUAUCACUGUAUUCUUGAAGGUGAACCUGAUGAGAGGAUAUAUGAGGUCUUUGAUGAUAUGAUUUCUUGGCUUGAGGCACACUGUAGAAGCAGAGUGCUGAAUACUUCAUUGUGAUCGCCAUUUAAUAAUUUUCACCGCGAAUGGAGAAUGUUUUGGCAUAUACUGUUACAAACUCAGAACCAAUAAGAUAAAGAGUGUGUUUGAUCAGUGGGUCCAAGUAGCUGUGCAUGUAUGCAAUAUGCAUUACUGUUGCAGUAGGUGGACUGGAAAGUUUAAGGACUGGAAUAACCACGAGUUCAAAUCCAAGGAGUAAUAAAUUUGAACACAAUAUAAUUUAAAAUUUAUACACUAAAUUGAUGUUUUGCUAUUGGUGACCUAAAAAAGAACGAUUACCUUUUAAUAUUAAUAUUGUUUUAUGUGUAAC